AUGGUCAAGUAUCAUAAAGACCAACUAACCAUCUACAGUCCUCAGUUUGCCGACUGUCUGGAGCUGUCCAAUAAUGGGACCAAGUUACAUAUCCACGACCUGAGGAUGGAAGACACCGGGGUCUACACUGCCAUAAUAACCUUCAGAAAUCAUGAAAUACAUCAUUGUUUAUGGUAUGUCCUCAUGCUAAACCCAUUCCGUAAUGUGACUCUCCGUUGUUCUGUCCAAUCAAAUAUAUCAGAUUUCUCCUAUUCUUGGAUAUACAGACUCCAGGACUCUGGGAACAAGGAUAUACAUAGUACUGGAAGCUCCAUCCAGAUAUCACUACCACCAGAUCACCAGGACAUGAAAGUCACUCACAGUGUAUAG